AUGUCUAACUUCUUUAUCUCCUCUCUUCUUUCCCUCCUCGUAGUCACCACAACAGUGGUGGCAUCCGCCUUGACAAUCGCCAUUCCUCCUUCUGGCUUCCUUCCCAACCCCAAUACCCUUCCAGCCGGCACGCAUGCCACUCUCACGUCCUUCCCAUCGUCAACACAGUCGGAUCCGCUGAUCGCCCCGCUAACGCACUCUGCGACCUUCAUUUUCCAGAAUCUGAAGUCCACAGGGAGGCCUCAAUCCUACUUACUCGAUAUCCGGUCUGCAGAAUAUGUCUUCGCGCCAUUUCGGGUUGAUAUCGCCGCAGACGGUACGGUGCUAGGCGUUUGGGAGACAUCCCGUGGGAAUCCAUGGGACAAUCGCGGUGCGGAGAGAUAUGCACUUGAUGUCGUUACUGCGAAUGCUGCCCAGCCCUCCGGUGUGACAGUGGAUGCCAAGGUCCUGACCAAGAGAAGCUUCUACGAGGAGAGGUCCAAAUUCUCGCCUCUUGCUUUGUUCAAGAACCCUAUGAUUCUGCUCGCAUUAGUUGCUUUGGGGUUUACAUUCGGAAUGCCGAAGUUGAUGGAGAAUAUGGACCCCGAGAUGCGUGCCGAAUUCGAAAAACACUCCCGAGCGUCCCCUAUCUCCGGGGCAACUCGGAGUGCCAUGACCGGUGGCGGUGCACCGGGCAACUUUGAUUUCGCGGGCUGGAUGGCUGGUGCUCAUCCAAGACCAGCUAGUUCCGAGCCUGUUGCUUCUCAAGGAACAGCGACUGGCAGAGAGGGGGGAAAUGUACGAAAACGAGGAUGA